UUGAUCUAAAUAAAACAGUAAAACUACUUUCAAAUCGUAUUGUUUGUUUGUUAAUUUAUAAACAUAAACUAACUUCAACCUUUACUAUGUUGUACUAGAAAAAAUAUUCAAUGAUGUUCAUUAAAUUUUCUUUAAUUUGGUCAAAGAUGAAAUUUACUAUUAGUGGAAAUACCUAGCCACAUUUUAGAAAUUCUUUGUUUAAGAUUUGUUCAAUUAUAGCUGGCAUUUUACAUUAGGCUACUAUCUUACUUCAGUAAAAUGACUAAUUCAAAUAAUUCAGAAGUGGAUCUUAAUAAGUUAGCUGAAGAAGAACUGUUAAGGGAGGCCAAGAGAGCAGUAGCAAGAUCUGAAGUUUCAGGCAUUGAAGGUUUCAAAAAGUGCCCUCUACCACAAACUAAUAAGAGAUUCCUUACAAAUACCAUUGUUAAUAAUAUCAAGAGCAACAAAAGGAAAACAGAAGCACAAAAUGAGAAAAAGAAAAGGUUUUCAACCGAAAAAGCUAAAAAAGCAAGUAACAAUACUUUAUCAGUGACCAGAAAUCAAGAAAAAAGGAAAUCUGUUAAGAAAAAGUCUAGUAGUAGUGUAAAAAAAACCAAUAACAGCACUCGGUAAAACAUGUCUUAUGAAACUAUAUACAUUGGCACAUUUCUACAUUAAUAAUAAGCAUUAUCAUGAUAUUUCAUGUGAUGUAGGGUUAUGCUCUGAAAAUAGAACACAAUUUAAUCCAUACUAUCAAAGCUUUUAUUUUAAAUAGUGAAUAUUACAACAGUAAAUUUUCUUUGUUUAAAGUUUCACUUUAUUCUUCAUUUUGUAUCGACUCAAUUAGUAGAUAAUAUCUAUUAGUUAUUAUAGUGAUAUAAAUGUAUUAAAAACAAAGUGCAAAGACAUUUUUGGAGUAUUUAUUUUGAAUUUAUAUAGUGAAUGACUUUCCAUCAAGAAAAAAAGAUUUAAAUCUAAAAUGCCUCCAUCUGAAUUGGAGUUGGGUACAUACUAUAGUACUCUAACUACAUCACCCUAUAAAAACAAACACCAUUUAAAAGUACAAUAAAUUGAAUAAAACCAUAAAUGUUGAAAAAAGUUUAAUUUUACUAUGUAAAUAUAAAAAUAGAUUUUUCAGUGUUGCUUAUGUAUAUAUUCAAAGAAUAAAACAGACUAUUUGACUGUAAUACAAAAUGUUAAGUGUAAAAUAAUGUGUUGUGUUUUUAAACUUUAAUGAAAACGUGUUGGACUGUAUUAACUAGUCUAACAUUUAUUUUAUUACUCUAGCAAAUUAAAGUAACUGCCAUUUCUUAGUCUUUCAGUGCAUUAGUAUUGUACAAUAUGUUUAUUAAUUAAGUAGGUUAAUGUUUUUGUUAAAUACCAAAAAUCUUUACUAUCUAGUUUGAGAGUUUUGUUAAUUUGAUUCAAUUAAUUUUUUAAACAGGUGUGUCAAAAAAUAUCUGAUGAAGUGCAUUACAAGUAAUAGUAAACUAUACUCACCACACUCAUGCAAAUAGGCAUCUGUAUACAUAUGAGUGACUUUUGUUUUAAUUAUCUAAUUAAAAAGUAAAUAAACUAUGUGUGUUAUUUUAUUAUAUUUGAUUACAUACAUUGUAAACUAUUGAUAUUAUAAUUUAAUCAUCUGUAUUAACAAUAUUGAUGUCAGCCAUUCUGUACUUUAAUUGUUUUUUUAAUAAAGUUGAUUGAGAUUGAUGUUGGUAUUGUUACUGUAAGGGAUAUUAAAUUAUUAGAAAAUCAGAAAUAAAGAGAAACCACCUUCCCACUGUAGUAAUGGAAGUAUAAUAAUACAAACCAUACUAUGAAGCGUACCGACUGUCUGGUCACACGGUGGUAUCCGGUUAGCAGACACUGACAUCCGCUCCCAUGCAGCUGCUAGACAAUAGGAAGUGAUCUUCAUUUUAACAGUUCCCACCAAACAUGCUGAUACCAAAAUAUUGGUAACAGAGGGGAAUGCUCCAAAUACAAAACCUUGGGUUAAAGAUGGGAGACCAGUCAGCCAGAGUCCUCUAUAGUUCGCACUAGAUGCACGAAAAAACAGGUGUGUGUGGGAAAAAAAUUAUUUUGGGUGUAAAAAUUGUGUUAGUGCUCAGCAAUUAUAUAAGUUAAGAAAUUUUGUAUCUAAAUAUUAAGAAAAUAACAUUAGGUAAUAUCAGAGUUUAAUCAAUUCAUAUUAAUAUGUUUUAUUUACAUUUUCAAAGUACUUAUUUAUAAAUCAAUCAAUUUAAAGAUCAUUUACACAGAUCAAAUCAAUAGUUUGUUAUAAAAAAAAAUAUGUGUACAAAUUCCAUAUAAGAUAUGUAAAUUAUUCUUAAACUGCACAAGAAAUAUAUUCCAUUUAAUUACGUAAAGAUAAAAUGUAACUGUUUAAAUAUUUAAAGAGAAAGAUCUCUCCUUGAGUAGUUUGUAAAAUGUAAUUGUUUGAAAUAUUAAAAGAGAGAGAUUUCUUCAUGCUUGGUAAGUAUAUGGAAUUUAUCUGAAAUGUAACAAUUUAAAACAUAAUAUUCAAGUACAAAUUUAGUCAUUAGAAUCAAUGAAAUUUAACUCGUUAUUAGAAACGAUCAUUAAAUUUAAUUCGAGAUCAAUAAUAAAUUGUUAUUUGUAAUAGGAUACUUCUGAUCUUAAAUAAUGUUUAAAACUAUUACAAAGAAAUUAUAUUUUGAAAUAAAAUAAAAAUACGUUGGACUUCA